GACGACAAGCAUAAUCAGUUGAGCACGCGUACAUAUUUCAGUGCGCCGAUAGUUGGAAUGCUUUAUGACGGGAUGAAGAUUUGUGAUCGAGACGAUGACAGUGACAAUGAACAUAUAAUCAAACGAAGAUUCGUGGUGGAUGGUCGAAAAUGGAUAACUGCACAAGACAAAUCGUUGCGUUGGUCAUUCCGAGAUGAAUUCCAUCUGAUUAAGAAAGAUAUUCAAUACAGGGUUGUUAAAGCGGUAAUGCGAAAAGCAUUAGAAGUGUGGUCGAAAGGAAGUCAAGGGGAAUUGACGUUUGAAGAUGUAUCGCCGAAGGGAAGAAACGAGAAUGAGGCGGCGAUACCAGCAGAUAUCGAGAUAGAGUUUGCGAGAUACGAGCACGGAGACAAAGAGUCGUUCGAUGGGAGAGGGGGCAUAGUUGCGCAUUCGGCGUAUCCUCGAGAAGGCAUAAUCCACUUUGAUGGAUCCGAAUAUUGGUCAGUGGAUGGUAGAAAUGGUAGUUUGGACUUGAGAUUUGUUGCCUUACAUGAAAUCGGUCAUGCACUCGGAUUGAGGCAUUCGCGUAAUCAAAAUGCUAUUAUGCAUCCUUAUUAUCGGUUCGUACUUAUUGUCAUUGCUUUUCUUACAAUUACUGUCCAUUUCGGUCGAAAUCCGACCGAAUUCAUGUUUGAGAUUUCGACACUCGGAAUUCCGAUCGAACGUUGA